AUGAGCUCCCCGUUCUAUGUUUCCGCCCCAGGAAAAGUCAUUCUUUUUGGAGAGCACUCGACUGUUUACGGUAAGCCUGCCAUAGCUGCCGCGCUCAGUCUCAGGGCCUACCUUCUUGUGAAUCCAAGUGAGGAUCCAGAUGAAAUUUGUCUUGAAUUCCCAGACAUUUCGCUCAAACACCUGUGGAAGAGACUGGACAUACCUUGGGACGCUCUCGAGCCACUCAUUCAAAAACAUGAGGGCGUUCCUGUGGCUACUGACGAAUUGGUGCCUGAGAUCUUGGACCAAUUGUCGGACUUGUUGGACAUGGAGGACCAACGUACUUACAUCACUUGCAGAUGUUUCUUGUACCUAUACACCAGCUUGUGUGGACGUGAUACCCCAGGCUGUCAUUUUGUCAUCAGAUCCACCUUGCCCAUCGGUGCUGGCUUGGGUUCUUCCGCCUCGGUGUCUGUCUCCAUUUCUACGGCACUUGCGAUCUUGGGUAAGCAUGUUGAGUACCCCACAAUCGCUGCAAACAGCAGACAACACAGCAAGGCUUCUAAAGACACCAAUUUCAUUGACGCAUGGUCGUUGAUGGGUGAAAAGUGUUUCCACGGUAACCCUAGUGGAAUCGACAAUGCAGUUGCAACACAUGGGGGAGCUGUUUUGUACCAGCGUUUCGGUGGACCUGGCAACGUGGCCGUGCGUACGAAUUUGAGAAACUUCAGUGGUAUCAACCUUUUGCUCACCAAUACGAAAAUUCCUAGAAGCACAGCUGACUUGGUCGGCGGUGUGGCCUCCUUGAGAUCCAAGUAUCCCAAGACUGCGGAACACUUGCUUCUGGCCAUGGGCGAAGUAGCUCAGGAAGCUUUGGAGGAGAUGCUCAAGCCAACGGCUGACCACAAGGUGUUGAGCGAGCUUUUCAACAUCAACCACGGCUUGUUGGUGUCUCUCGGAGUGUCCCACCCUGCUCUUGAAACCAUCAAGGCCAUCGGAGACACAAACAAAAUCGGUGCCACCAAACUCACAGGCGCUGGUGGCGGUGGAUGUGCUAUUACAUUGCUUUCGCCUGAAGCUGACGAGGCUGCGUUGGCCAAGGUCAAGGAGGAGUUCCACGAAAAGAACUUUGAGGUGUUUGAAGCACAGUUGGGCGGAAAAGGUGUUGGUGUCUUGCAGCUCAAGGACAGCGAUGCCACGGAGGUGUUUUCGUCGGAGAAAUUCAUGGAGCACGAAUCGAGAGAACACAUCGAGGAAGCCAUUGGCGCCUCAAAACUCGCCGGCUGGCGUUUCUGGUGA